UUAAAGUUUAUAGAUGCUUUUAUUUCUCACAGGUUGAACAGAAAUAUCCAGAGUAUGGAUUAGGAUGACAUUAAUCAAUCACAUUAUAAAGCAGCUGUCGGCCUCGCUGUAUCUGCUGGCUGACAGCUAACGUAGCAUUAGCAGUCCAUUCACCAUUUACCAUCCCGACGCGUUUACUGACAUUUAAAUCAGAUAAUGGAUAAUAUAAACACUGUAAUCGCUACAGGAUAUAGUGGCCAGCUAACAGAGUCUUUAAAUUCUUGUGUACGGGUCUAAAUUAAAAUGUAUGUUGAUUCAACAGUGAAAUUAGUGGCCAGGAGCGUCCCUGAUUUAAUGCAGUUGUAGAUUCCUGAGCUGGUUUUGCUGGAGAGCAUGUUCACACAGAGAGCAGAGGUCAGACGCUGCUGUGGUCUGAUCUACCUGUAGAGGGCAGCCCUGUGCCUGUUGAACACUGCUGUCAUAAUGCAGAGGUUGUCGGACUGAGGCGCCUCCUGCAGGGGGAGAGGUGAGGUAAAGGAACAAUGCAGGUUAAUGUGAGCUCCUGACUGCAGCGGUAAAAAGAGUUGCAACAAUGUUAACGGCUGAUAAUAAAAGCAUUAAUCUGCAUUUCAGCAUCAUUCUGAGUUUAAAAUGAAUUUUGAUCCUCACAUGAAAAAAUGUUUUUACGUCUUUGUUAAAAUGGCCAAAGCAUUAGGAUUUGAAACGGAUGUUAACUGUGUUAAAGUUCCCUGUGAAAUCCAUAUUCCACAUACACACUGUCGGUUGCAGUCGCUGGCAGUGGCUGCACGGCUCCGUGGAGGAGACAGUGGACGCCUUCGAGAGAGCGCUGGGGUCGUCCAUGCAGCUGGAAGAGCUUCACAAACUCUGGAUGGAUUACCUGCUGUUCAGCUGCAGUCAGCAGGCUCGCAGUCCGGCACACACUCAGUCCAAACUGUUCUCAGACCUGGUCCAGCGCUGUCUGAGCACCGUCCCGUCUCGGCUGGAGGUCCCAUUCAACCCGGCAGAGUUCUGGACCUGCUACCGCUUCCACAACAAGGUGGUGACUCUGUACCUGAGCUGUCUGCCGCAGUCCCAGCAUGCCCUAGUGCUGGAGAGACUGAGCUACGCCAUGCCUAACAACACUGAACUGAGCCUAAGGUUGCUGCAUCAGGAGUGGCAGGACGGAAACCUUGAACACCUGAAGUUCCAGGCCAGGAUGCUGAGCAGUACCUCUCCAAAGUGUCUGGCCAACUGGAGAAUAGCGAUCGCUGUGGAGAGGGAACUAAAGGAGCGAUCUGAGGUGCGACUUCUCUAUCAGCAGGCCCUCCACAACCUUCCACUGUGUGCUGCCCUGUGGAAACAU